AUGGUACGCUUUAAGCUAGUGGUGGCUUUGGCUUGCGCGACGUUCAGCAUCGGCAGCCAUGCCUUGGAUUUCUAUGUCGCUUCGUCGUCUAAUCCAUCAGGUGAUGGGAGGUCGCCACACAGGCCCUUCUCCAAUCUAGUUGAUGCCCAAGCUGCAGUUCGGAAAGUCGCUGGUCAGAUGAGUGAGAAUAUCACAGUACAUAUCGCUGACGGCUUGUAUAUCUUGGAUGAUCGUAUGAAUUUUACAAGCGCGGAUUCUGGCCAGAACGGUCACACUGUGAUCUGGCAGGCAACUGGAAAAAAUGCUACCGUCUCUGGAGGUGUCCAAGUUACCGACUGGAAAUUAGUGAAUGGUAGCAGUAACCUCUACUCUGCCAAUGUUCCCAAGGGUUUGCUUUCUCGAAAUCUAUUUGUCAACGGCUGGGCUGCAAAUUAUGCCCGCCGAAAGGUUUCCCGUGCAGAUUUCCAAUUUACUAACACCUCGAUCACCUGGAAUUCGUCCCAGUACGACUGGCUCAUGACCACGCCUGGUAUUGAAAAUUCCGAGAUACGCGCCAUCAACUCAUUCACCGACCGAUACGCGCCCAUCGAGAGAGUAGGAAAUCGUUCGCUUAUCAUGAAGCAAAACUCAUGGGCGAAUAAUAUCAUUGGCUAUGAUACUAUCCCUCAACCAAAUGCCGACUUUGGAGUGUAUGUGCAAAACGCGCUAUCUUUGUUGAGUCAAGGUGGUGAGCACUAUCUAGACAGUGACGCCGGCAUCGUAUACUAUGUUCCCCUGGCCAAUGAGCCCAUGGAUACCGCGGAAACCUUUCUCGGCCGGCUGGAGGCCCUCUUUGUUGUUGGGGGAACUUAUGAUUCACCUGCUCAUGACAUAUCAUUUGUGGGCCUCAAUUUUAAGCAUACAACGUGGCUCAGGCCAGGCCAAUACGGCUAUGUCGACCAGCAGACGGGGGGGUAUAUCGGAGAGAAUGUUACCUACCCUCAAUUUGAGGCAUCAAGACCAAGAUGGUGGCAGAUUCCCAGUGCCAUUCAGGUCAGUGCUGCCGAGCGUAUAUCCUUUACCGGUGGUAGCUAUACCGAGCUUGGCGCUGGUGGCAUCGGAAUUGGUAACGAUGAGAAUGCGCAUCUGACGGGGGUUGGUCUCGGGGUCAAAGACGUUACUGUAGCAGAUGGUUAUUUCACACAGGUUAUGGCAAACUCUAUCACUGCUGGUGGUAUCAAAGCCGAUGCUCAUCACCCCAGCGAUCCUCGCAUGAUCAAUGCUAACAUCUAUCUGACCGGCAAUAUAUUUUACAAUGUCUCGUCAUUAUUCAGCUCCACAGUCUCGAUACUCGCAACCUACGUUCAGUAUUCCGAAAUAAGCCACAACGACGUCUCCAGCGUGCCGUACUCAGGCAUCUGCCAUGGUUAUGGCUGGGGCGCUAACGACGCCGGUGGCAGUCAGACGUAUAUCACGCGAGGACUCUAUAACUACCAACCUUUGUACAACACGCCAACUACGUCUAUGAACAAUGUAAUCGAGGGUAACUUGAUACACUUGUAUGGUCUGUCUCACACAGAUCUAGGCGCUAUCUAUACCUUGUCCAAGAGUCCCGAUACACAUAUUUCCGAGAAUUAUGCCUAUGAUUCUAACUGGUACGGCUUGUAUACCGAUGAAGGAUCUAAUUCCCUUAUAGCUACCCAGAACAAUUACCUCUCGAAUGGUUCGUGGUUUGCACCCAACGAGGGCUGUGCUACCUGUGGCGUCCACACUGCAAACAAUACGCUUAUCAGCAACUUCGGCCACAACCAUGGAGACAUGGUCAACUUCCCUAACGGUACCGGCGGUUUCAAUGACACAUUUAUUAACAAUCUGAAUGUCCCGAGCCUGGAUCUGACAAGUGAAGCUGCCCACAGAGCGGCCUAUCGUGCUGGCGUCCCACCUGGCGGUCGUGGCUCUCGCCCGGUGUCCAAUCCAAGUAUUUCAGAUUCGUAUCUCGCCCUAAACUUCCUGAAUGGUUCACAGCCGGGCGAGUUUAUUGUCGUGGCAGAUAUCUCCAAUUUUGACGAUUUCGACUUCACCAACGUAGUCUUCCAGUCAAGCCUGAGCGACGAUGUCAAUUACAAACUUACUCCUCCCGGUCCCAUUCUACUUAGUGUUCCUGCCAAUGGUAUUUCUUCCGCAAACUGGACUCUCUCAACCAAACAUGAUUCACUGUGUGUCACGCCGCCAAUGUGGAACAAUAUCUGUUCUGGCAAUAAGACGGUGCUCGGGAUUCGGACGGGUGGCCGCGACGUCUUUGCACCCUAUGACGAUUGGGCUGCUAUUUACAAACCCAGCUCUCUCGGAACGAACGGUAGCGUGACUGCACAGGUGCUUGCUUUAGACGCGGUGGAUCCUUGGACAAAAGCCGGCGUAGUGGUCCGAAAUAACCUAGCAGCAAGGCCCGGACGAUAUGAUAGCGAUAAUACCACGGGCUAUGCCGGAGUGUUCUUGACUAGUGACUAUGGGGUUAGUUUUCAAUGGGACGAGAAUAACGAUGGCCAACUUGAAAGUUUAUCGACAAUUGAUAACCUCAAAGCUCCGAUCUGGGUUCGACUCGCCGUCGCGGAUAAGCAAUUUACCGGCUCCUACUCCUCCGACGGGCAGAACUGGACGGAAAUUCACUCAGUGACUCUGCCAUCGAGAUCGGACCCUUCUGACGCUGGAGUUUUGGUUUCAUCGCAUGGCGGAUUCACAAAUGCCACCGGUGUGUUUGAUGAACUGAGCUUUGCUUGA